AUGGGCGAUGAAAACAAAACUUAUCUGACUGAAUUCAUCUUGCUAGGACUUUCUUCAGAUUAUCAAAUUCAGAUUUUGCUCUUUGUGGUAUUUCUCACCAUCUACCUGUUGACUGUGUUUGGGAAUCUGCUCAUUGUACUAUUAACUCAUAUUGACUCUCGACUUAAUACACCAAUGUACUUCUUCCUUAAAAAUCUGUCAUUUACUGAUCUCUGUUUCUCUACAACUAUUGUUCCCAAGAUGCUAAUCCACUUUCUUGUCAUUAGAAAGACAAUUUCAUUUACUGGAUGCUCGAUUCAGAUGUUUUUUUUCCUUGUAAUGGGGUGUACAGAAAGUUCACUUCUAGCAGUGAUGUCCUAUGACCGCUAUGUGGCUGUCUGUAAGCCCUUGUACUACUCCAUCAUCAUGUCCCAGAGAGUUUGUGUUCUGCUAGUAAUUGGGUCCUGGGCUAGUGGAACAUUUGUGUCUUUAGUAGAUACCACAUUCACUUUAUGUCUUCCAUACCAAGGACCAAAUGUAAUUAAUCAUUAUUUUUGUGAGCCCCCUGCACUUUUGAAGCUGGCUUCAGAAGAAACCUACAAAGCUGAGAUGGUCAUCUUUGCUAUGGGUGUGGUAAUCCUCCUGGGUCCUGUCUCUCUUAUCCUUUUCUCCUACUGGAAUAUUAUCUCCACCGUGGUUCAGAUGCAGUCAAGGGACGGGAAGCUUAAGGUCUUCUCUACCUGUGGUUCCCAUUUCAUUGUUGUUAUCUUCUUCUAUGGGUCAACAAUAUUUACUUACAUGCAGCCAAGUUCAAAGAAAAUGAAUGAAGGUGAUAAGGUGAUCUCAGUGUUCUACUCAGUCAUAACUUCCAUGAUGAACCCAUUCAUUUAUAGCCUAAGGAACCAGGAUGUGAAGGAGGCAUUUAGGAAAGUACUCAGAAGAUAG